AUGGCUCCUAAACGAGAUUUGUGGAAGGAUUACCGAAAGCAAAUUGUAUCGAGCAUAUUACCAUUUACAUCGUUCACAAUACCCAAAGAACGAUACCCAUGUAAACCUGCUAGUUAUUUUACACCGAUGGAGCAGAUUAAUCUUUCAACGAUAUCCCUUCCGUCACAAGAACAGCAUUUAUUAGCAGAUCUUUUUUUAGUUUACAUGGGAUUUCAAGGAAACAGUAUAAGAUUUGUUAAAAACCGAAAUACAAUCACAUGGACAGUUAAUCCAAGUUCUGAUCCAUGCUUGCGUACUGCGCUAUAUAUUGAACCUUGCCUUCCUCUUGCUGGGUCGCUGAUUGUAAUGCAGCAUAACAUUAGAACCUUGUGUUCCGACUUCUCGCGGGGCCGAGUGGCAUUUGUUGUAGGAAAUAAAGCAGAGGAUUUUUUCAAUUCAGAAGUGAGGUCAUUAAUACAAAAGAUGCGGAUGAGAAACCGUGACAUGUCAUUAACUCUUUCCGAAAUUGCAACACAUCUGCGCCGGUUUUGUCAAACAUCAAAGCAGUUGAAUGAAUUUCUCAAAAUUGUGAUUACGGUAGCAUUUAUAUAUUUGUUCAGGGCAAAAGAAUCUAUGGUUUCUGAAAUUGAAGAAAUUGAGAGACCUUUGGAUUCACUGGCACUGUUUUCUGAUGUAAAUAAGAAAAACCUUGUGGGUGGAGAGAUUCUGUCUUUAUUGGUAGAACAAAUACGGAAUUGUGUAUCACCAACGGAUCGUCAAAUGCUUCAAAAAUUCGAGUUGAUCUGCUUGGAACAGUACUUUGAAAUAUUGUUUUAUUGGAUUUAUUAUGGAAAAAUCAUAGAUGUUGGCCAUGAUGUACGCAUGUCUUAUGUUGAAGUUUUUAAAACUAUAAAAUUCGGAAUUCUGAAAACUGGAAAAGGUCACCUUUCUGGAGCACACUUUUUGAAAUUUCAAGCAACUGCUAACACAGAUGAAGCUAAAAGUGAGUGCUUUGAAGACCGAUUUUGCGUUGUCAAAGCCUUAUGUCCAUUGCAACUGGAGCCUGUUUGUGAAGAUAUUGUCAUGUGUGGUAUCUAUCUGAACGUUAUUGAGAAAAUCAAAGAGGAUACGGUAGAUCUUAAUGAUGAAGCACUCAAUGCGAAUAAAAACCUUGAAGAAUGGAGGAAAAAAAGUGUUUCUAGUAUCAUGCGUGAAGUUAAAAAAGCUCGUUUUAACGCGAGUAAGGAUUUGGUCUUAUAUCUGCGUCAACAGUUCAAUUUCCACGAGUCUCUUCACGAUUUUAUGUUGUUACAACGUUCUGACUGGGCAAAUUCAUUUUAUGAGCUGUCUCAAAAAAUGCUCACGGGUUCUAUUCGAGAUAUAUCAGUGAAAAAAUUGGAAAUUCUGUUCGAAGAAUCUGUUGAUUGCUCAUCUUUACGGUUUAACAAAUAUCGAAGCAUAUUCAAACCAGUUAUAGAAAAAUAUGACAUACUCACGUCGCUGAGGUUGAUCAGCAAUAAAGGUGAUGAAGCUGAAAAAUUGUGGUCAGAAGCUAGUACAGUCGAAAGCAAAAGCGGUAUUGAGGUACUAUCGAUGAAUAUCGAUGUGAAACCUCCUUUGUCUAUUAUUUUCCCACCUCGGAUAUUAUUUUAUUAUACUCUUUUCUUCCGAACAUUCUUUUACAUCACUUCAACUAUUAAUCAAGUCGCAGGAAAACAAGUACGCAGCAAUUUGUUGAUCGAAGAAAAAAUAUUGUUGGAAGAAAUGCUUCAUUUUUUAAAUGCCUAUAGUUUACAUUGUUUAAUGCAUGUUAUCCCUGAAUUAUGGAAUGUUUUUGCCGAUCACUUGUCAAAAUCAGAAAAUCUUGAGAAAAUAUUGUCAUUGCAAGAUUCUUUCAUAGCUGAUGUAGUGGCUCAAUGCCUUUUGCCCGAUGCGAAAUUCACGGAUCUCUUAUCGAAUUUAGUUACUGCUAUCCGAGAUUUCGUUACUGAAAAAGUUAAGUACGAGAUGUCGAAAACAAAAUGGAAAGUAAAUCUCGAAAAGAUGUAUCAUCUUCUUUCACAGCCAAAUGUUGACAUUUCUUAUUCUCAGUUACAUUCCAGAAUCAUGGAAGAGGCUCAGGUUUGCAGGUGGAAGUUAUCUUUGACAUAUCAUGAUAUUGAUAUCUAUGCAGAUGUGCUCAUUCUUUAA